CCCGUCAGUCCAUCCGUUUUUUCCUCUGUCUUCCCCCGAGACACAGUAGCUCUCUACAAAAUGGUCGACUUUGAUCCUUCAUCUCACCCGCACAGGAGGUUCAAUCCCCUGACUGGCUCCCAUAUCCUUGUCUCUCCUCAUCGCACCAAACGCCCCUGGCUCGGUCAGACAGAGGCACCUCAGCUAUCCACCCUCCCAGAAUAUGACCCCGAGUGCUACCUAUGCCCUGGAAACACCCGUGUUGGAGGCAAAGUUAACGACAAGUACACCUCCACCUUGGUAUUCGAAAAUGAUUUCGCUGCCGUCUUACCACCUCCCGGUCCCGCUGCCCCCGACGCGUCUCAUCCUUUGUUGACGGUCGAACCCGUUCAAGGCGGAUGCGAUGUCAUUUGUUUUCAUCCCAGACAUGAUCUCAGCUUCCCCACCCUCCAGAUCCCCGACAUCGAGAAAGUCAUUGAUCAAUGGACUCAGGUAUAUCUCACCAGGGGUCGUCAGGAAGGCAUCAAAUACGUGCAGCUCUUUGAGACCAAGGGCGCAAUCAUGGGUUGCUCGAACCCUCACCCUCACAGCCAAGCCUGGUCUUUGUCGGUCAUCCCAACCUUGCCUGAGAAAGAGCUGAACGCUCUUCGUUCCUACGCAUCCAAGCAAAACACCCAGCAGGGUGCGCCCAAGGGUCCCGAUGGUCAAGCUUGUCUACUCUGCGACUACGUUCACCAUGAAAUUGGCGUAGCCGAGGAUGAAGGUCGGAUUGUUAUCAAAAACAACAACUGGGUUGCACUUGUCCCCUGGUGGGCGUACUGGCCCUACGAAGUCAUGCUGCUUCCUUACAAGAGACAUGUGCCAUCCCUCCAGCACUUGACUGAGGAGGAGAAGAGGGACUACGCUGAGAUCAUCUCACGGAUGACGAAGCGCUACGAUAACCUGUUCUCUUGUUCGUUCGCAUAUGCGAUGGGCAUUCACCAACGGCCCGUUCCUGCGCAGGAAGUCGAUGGUAAACUAGUGGCAGACGAACAGGACGUCGCUCACCUACACGUUCACUUUGAGCCGCCGCUCUUGCGGAGUGCCAGUGUCCGAAAGUUCAUGGCCAGUUUCGAGGUCAUGGCGGAGUCGCAGCGUGACUUGACACCGGAGCAGGCAGCCAAGCGGCUGAGGGAGUGUUCUGAAGUGCACUAUCUCUCAAAGCAAUAAGAUGCUGACCAUAGAAGCGCAUAGUGCGCGUUCGAUUUUUAUAUGUGAUUUAUAGUUAUAAAGUAGGUAUACCGAUGUAGAAAUAAGGCAAUAUGCAGAUGUAGCACGUUGUUUG